AUGGAAGAUCAGAACUUGGCACUGCGAAUCUUUCUGUCCGUUGUUGGCAUCUUGGGCGUCUUUGGUAAUGGCCUGGCCUGCGUGGUGAUCGCCCGAGUCCGCUUCAUGCACACCCUGACCAACGGUUUCAUCUUCAACCAGGCUUUGAUCGACCUACUCGGCUCCGUGACGCUCUUGUCUAGCCGGCUGGUGGUACCCACUCCAGAGCCCUUCCCGCAGGGAGACGGCGGUGCGUUGCUCUGCGUCCUGUGGGUCACCAACGUCUUCGUGUUCCAGAUGUUCUUCACCUCCACGUUCAACCUGGUGGCGCUGACCUUGGAGAGAUAUCUGGCGAUCGUAUUCCCCUUCAGGUACCAACUGCUGGGAACGCGCAGGAACGCCAUCAUGGUCAUCCUUGGGGUGUGGGUGUCGGCGUUCCUGUUCAACAGUUUCGGCUUUUUCAUUCAAUACUACGAGGACGGGCAAUGCAAGCAGACGUUGGUGGCACACCCAGAGGUCCUCGGAGUCGCCAUAAUAACGAUAACUUAUGCUAUCCCUGUCGCAGUCAUGAUGGUCGUUUAUGUCCACAUCACCGUUGUCCUGAAGAGAGAGGCUGCUAGAGUUGAGCCCACUGUGGCGACCGCGAGCGCCGGUGACCGGCAGCAGGGUGCCGGUCCGUCCGUCGGCACGGCACCCGAGGGUCAGGGGGAGUCACUGAUGCGAGCUCGCCGCAACACCUUUAAGACCCUCCUCACAGUCUGCGUGGCAUUCACUGUCUGCUGGACGCCCAAUGAGAUCAUCUUUUUCCUCUUCAACCUCGGGGCGGGAGUUGACCUCUCGUCGCCUGUCUACAUUUGUUCGGUCGGGCUGGCCGCAUCCAACGGCUGCAUUAACCCGUUUAUCUACGCCAUUAAGUACAGGCAGUUUCGAAAGGCGCUUAAGACACUCCUUGGCUUCAGGAAUCAGACGGAAAUGUCGUUGGCAGCCGUAAGUUCUAGGCAUCGUUAA